GGCUGGUUACUACAGUUACAAGUGGGCUGAAGUAUUGUCUGCAGAUGCUUUCUUGGCAUUUGAGGCUGCUGGAUUAGAUUAUAGCAAGGCUGUUAAAGAAACCGGCUGGAAGUUUCAAGAGACAAUUCUUGCUCGUGGAGGUGGAAAAGCACCAGUAGAGACUUCCUACCAUCUACCAAGCCAUGGAAAGUUCAAAAUGUGUUUCCUUUAUUCUUCUUCUUCUUCUUCUUCUUCCAUCUUCAUAUCCAAUAAGUUUUCAAAUACCCAACUUUACCCCUAGUCCCAAUUACAUUCUCUACCAAGGAGAUGCAGAGUCUUCCUCUGGAAUAGUGGAGUUAACAAGCAAGGUUGAACCUUUUCGUGUUGGUUGGGUCACAUAUGCAAAUGAAGUCUUGAUGUGGGACUCCAACUCAGGAAAGCUUUCAGACUUUACUUGUCAUUUCUCCUUCAGCAUUAAUCCGUUGAGUCCAAAUAUGACCAACGAUGGAAUUGAGUUCUUCCUUGCUCCUGUUGGAUUUCAAAUCCCACCCAACUCUGCUGGUGGCUACCUUGGCCUAUUCAACACCACAACAAGAGAUUCCUCCUCAAAUAGGAUCAUCUUAGUGGAAUUUGACACUUACCCGAACCCUGAAUGGGAUCCUAUGGAGGUCCAAACUCAUGUGGGUAUUAAUAUCAAUUCUAUACGCUCUGUCGUUUACACUCCCUGGAAUGCAAGUUUCCACAUUAGGGAUACUGCUGAUGUAUUGAUUACUUAUAAUUCUACAACCAAGAAUUUAAGUGUCUCAUGGAGCUAUCAAAACACCAAAAAUCCUCAAGAGAAUUCAACCCUUUAUUACCUGGUUGAUUUAAGGAAUGUUUCAAACAAUUGGGUGACAAUAGGCUUUUCAGCUUCUACAGGAGGUGUAGCUGGACAACACACACUCAAAUCUUGGAAAUUCAAUUCAAGUUUGGAUGCUAAGGAAGCAGAUGAGAAUUCAUCAAGAAAGAUCAAAAUAGUUGUUGCUAUUGCAGUACUGGUGAUUGUUCUUCUCAUUGGAACACUUUUAGCAUAUGUGAUUAUAAGGCAAAGAAAGAAGGUAAAUAAAAGGGCAGAGGUAACAAAUUUAACAUCUAUCAAUGACGAUUUUGAGAUGGGCACCGGACCGCGAAGGUUUUCAUACCAAGAUCUUGCCUCUGCUACUAACGAUUUCUCUCAAGAUAGGAAAUUGGGUGAAGGAGGUUUCGGUGCAGUUUAUAGAGGCUAUCUAGCCGAUGUAGACAUGUUGAUUGCUGUAAAGAAAAUUUCUAAAGGAUCAAAACAAGGAAAAAAGGAGUAUGUAACAGAGGUGAAGAUCAUUAGUCAGUUAAGGCAUCGAAAUUUGGUGCAGCUUAUUGGUUGGUGUCAUGAAAGGAGUGAGUUCUUGCUUGUUUAUGAGUUCAUGUCAAAUGGUAGUCUUGAUUCUCAUCUCUUUGGCAAAAAAAGUCCUUUUCCUUGGCAUAUAAGGUAUAGAAUAACACUUGGAUUGGCCUCGGCAAUUCUGUAUCUUCACGAAGAGUGGGAGCAACGUGUGGUUCAUAGGGAUAUUAAGUCAAGGUUGGCAGGUACUUUUGGCUACUUGGCUCCAGAGUACAUAAGUACAAGGAAGGCAAGUAAAGAGUCAGAUGUGUUUAGUUUUGGGGUGGUGAUAUUAGAGAUUGCUACCGGAAGAAAGUCUACAGAUCGAAUGGGGGAAGAGUCUGAUUUGGGGUUGGUGGAAUGGGUUUGGGAUCUUUACGGGAAAGGAAGACUUCAUUCCAGUGUUGAUGAGAGAGUGAGGAAGGAUUUUGAUGAGAAACAAGCAGAAUGUUUGAUGAUUGUUGGAAUGUGGUGCUCUCACCCUGAUAGCAGCUUAAGGCCAUCAAUUAGGCUAGCAAUUCAGGUUUUAAAGUUUGAGACAACAAUGCCAAAUCUUCCUACAAAAAUGCCUGUGCCUAUGUAUCGUGUACCUACACCAUUAGCUAACUCUAGAGAACCUUCUAUUUCGUAUUCUAGCAUAGAGGCAGGUCGUUAAGACAUGAUUUAGUUAACUUUUCAUCAAAUAAAAUAUCUGGUUAUCU